AUGACGGGCCCUAAUGAUGACUGGUAUAGAUGGGCAGUUGCCCCUCACAAAAUACAGUUGCUCAUCAUCUCUGGCAAAUUUCUGAGGCCCCGCCCCGGCCUCCCGGCUCCGGGCGCCAGGCGUUUGCCUCCGGGGCGAGUGGCUCCGGGGCCCGAGGUCGGCCCAGGCGUCCGCUCCCGGGGGAGUCGCGACCCGGGACGGCUGUCGCGGCCGGUGGUCCCGGGGCCUCCGCUGCGGCGUGAGGCCACGGGUGAGGCCGGGCUCCCGGGAGUCCCCGCAGGCCUGGGGACGAGUCUUUUGGAGACUCAGCCCAUCCUCAGAGGAAAAGCCCAGAAAGAGGACAUGGCUACUGGACAAGGGGAAGGAAGCUCUCAGGUGUCCGUGACCUUCAAGGAUGUGGUUGUGCUCUUUACUCGGGAUGAAUGGAGAAAACUGGAUCCUUCUCAGAGAAACUUGUAUAAGAAUGUGAUGCUGGAGAACUAUAGGAACCUAAUCUCAGUGGGACUCCCAUUUUCCAAACCAAAAGUGAUCUCCUUGUUGCAGCGAGGAGAAGAGCCCUGGAAGGUAGAGAAAGAAAGUCCUGGAGGCUCCUCUCUAGGAUGGAAGAGCAGUCAUAAAACCACAAAGUCAACUCAGACACAAGACUCGUCAUUUCAGGGACUGGUAAUAACAAGAUCCAAAAGGAAUAGACCCUGGGACUUUAAAUCAGAAAAUCCCCGUGUAUAUGAAAAUAGAUUAGAAAAACAGGAUAAAAAGGAAAAAAUUCUUACUAUAGAAAGAAGCCAUAGAAAUACUGAAUUUGACCAUAACUUAAGCCUAAAACCAGUCCCUGAUAGACGACAGAUUGUUCCUAGAGAAAAAACACUGCCAAAGUAUGAAAUACAAGGAAACAACUUCAAACAGAAUUCAAAUUUACUUAACCAACCAAAAAUCAACACAGCAGAGAAACGCUAUAAAUGUAGUAUGUGUGAGAAAACCUUCAUUAACAAUUCAUCCCUUCGUAAACAUGAGAAAAACCAUAGUGGAGAGAAAUUAUUUAAAUGUAAAGAAUGUUUAAAAGCAUUCAAUCAAAGUUCAGCUCUGAUUCAACAUCAAAUAACUCAUACUGGAGAGAAACCCUAUGUAUGUAAAGAAUGUGGGAAGGCCUUCACUCUUAGUACUUCGCUAUAUAAACAUUUAAGAACCCAUACUGUGGAAAAAUCCUAUAGAUGUAAAGAAUGUGGCAAAUCCUUCAGCCGAAGUUCAUCCCUUCGUUAUCAUCAGAGAAUUCACACUGGAGAGAAACCUUUUAAAUGUAGUGAAUGUGGGAGAGCCUUCAGUCAGAGUGCAUCUCUUAUUCAACAUGAAAGAAUUCACACUGGAGAGAAGCCCUAUAGAUGUAAUGAAUGUGGAAAAGGCUUCACUUCUAUUUCACAACUUAAUAGACACCGAAUAAUUCACACUGGUGAGAAGUUUUAUAGUUGUAAUGAAUGUGGUAAAGCCUUAAGUUCCCACUCAGCACUUACUAUUCAUGAGAGAAUUCAUACUGGAGAGAAGCCAUGUAAAUGUAAAGUGUGUGGAAAAGCCUUCAGACAAAGUUCAGCUCUCAUUCAACAUCAGAGAAUGCAUGCUGGAGAAAGACCCUAUAAAUGCAGUGAGUGUGGGAAAACAUUCAGGUGUAACUCAUCCCUUAGUAAUCAUCAGAGAAUUCAUACUGGAGAGAAACCAUAUCGAUGUGAGGAAUGUGGCAUGUCUUUUGGUCAAAGUUCAGCUCUUAUUCAACAUCGCAGAAUUCAUACAGGAGAGAAACCCUUUAAAUGUAAUACAUGUGGGAAAACUUUAGAAAGUUCAUCACAUAUUGCACAUCAGAGAAUUCAUACUGGAGAGAAACCCUAUGAAUGUAAUACAUGUGGGAAACUUUUCAACCACAGGUCAUCUCUUACGAAUCAUUAUAAAAUUCAUAUUGAAGAGAACCCCUAG